AUGGAUUCCGGCUCCCGUAAGAUCUAUCAUGUACAUGGAUUUGAUUCCAGACAACACUUGGAGAAUUAUUUUUCAGAUAAACCUGAUAUGGUCUUUGGAGAAGAUACCUUGAUAUUUCCCCUUGAAAAUUUUACAAAAAUGUUUACAGAAGGUCACAUUAAUGGAGAUGUCCUCAUUGACCUCAGUGGUUCUUCCAUGGUUCAUCACCUAUAUUCAGCCUGUGAGUUUUUCCAACACAUCAUAGUCCUGAAGGUCAGUGAUGGCUGCAUCAUGGAGCUGAAGAGAUGGCUGGACUCACGGACAGGAGCAUUUGAUUGGGGACAUGUCACAAAACUUCAUGUAGAGAUAGAAGGAAACAGUGGCCAGUUUCAGGAUAAAGAAGGAAAAGUGAGAUCAUCUGUUCCACAUGUUAUGAAAUGUGACCUUGAAAAGGAAAAUAUGACGGAUCCGAUAGUCUUACCGCCAGCAGAUUGCAUCAUCAGUGUUGGGAUCCUAGAUGCGAUCUGCAAAGAUCAAGAUGAUUACAGGAGAUAUCUCAGGAAGUUCUCAGGGUUGCUGAAACCUGGAGGACAUCUCAUUUUAUUUGGGUUUUUAGCUGUUACAUAUUACACAGUCGGGAAAGACAAGCUCCAUGCCUUCAGUUAUGAUGAGGAUUUUGCCAGGAAAGCUCUAGUUGGAGAAGGAUUUGUUAUAGAUUACUGUGUGGUUAAAAAGAGAACAAAUGUGAGUGAUCUUACUGACUAUAAGGCCAUGAUAUUCAUUGCAGCUCACAAGGAGAAGUUGUUCUGAGUAAUAAAUUACAACCUGUGUGUGAAGAGUUAAUAUGUAAUGCUAUAAACAGCUUUAGAGGACAUUAUUUUAGGGUAAGAGCUCUAGGUUAUAUAGUAUAAAUAUAUUGGUAGCCCCUAUAAAUAUGAGACCUUAUUGUACACUUAUCUUUGUGCUUAGACAAGGCCUGAUCAUAAAGGACAUCAGAGGAGCCUGGGAUUUUGGAAUAAGUUUUAUGAAUUUUUUUUAUUGUUCUGUGCAU